AGUACUUAGUUAUUCUUGCCUGUUUCACAGCAGUGGAGAAGAUUGUUUACUAUUUUUCUUUAAUAGCGAUAAAAAACAUAUCACGUUUAAAUGGAAAUAAACAGUGAUUAAGUGCAGAACAUACCUAGUACAUUAGAUUCUCUAUCAACAUCGCAUUUAAGUGACCACAAUGACAGCCAUCAAGCACGCCCUACAGAGGGACAUCUUUACGCCCAAUGAUGAGCGUCUCCUCAGCAUCGUCAACGUCUGCAAGGCAGGGAAAAAGAAGAAGAACUGCUUCCUGUGUGCCACGGUCACCACAGAGAGGCCGGUGCAGGUGAGAGUGGUAAAAGUGAAGAAGUCAGACAAAGGGGAUUUCUACAAACGGCAGAUGGCCUGGGAACUGAGGGAUCUGGCUGAAGUGGAUGCAAAAGAUGCCAGCAAGGAGAACCCGGAGUUUGACCUCCAUUUUGAGAAGGUGUAUCGAUGGGUGGCCAGCAGCACAGCUGAGAAGAAUUCCUUCAUCUCCUGCAUUUGGAAGCUGAACCAGCGUUACCUACGGAAGAAGGUGGAGUUUGUGAAUGUCAGUGCCCAGCUGCUGGAAGAGCUUCCUAAAGCGGAAGAGUCAGUCCCCAGUGGUGAGAGCCAGAGUGUUGCCGGAGGCGAUGAGGAUGCUCUGGAUGACUACCAAGAGCUGAAUGCCCGUGAGGAGCAAGACAUUGAAGGCAUGAUGGAGGUGUGCGAGUAUGCCAUCUCUAAUGCAGAGGCCUUCGCUGAGAAACUCUCCAGGGAGCUACAGGUUCUGGAUGGGGCCAACAUCCAGUCCAUCAUGGCAUCUGAGAAGCAGGUGAACAUCCUGAUGCAGCUGCUUGACGAGGCUCUUUCGGAGGUGGACACCAUUGAGGGCAAGCUGAGCAGCUAUGAGGAGAUGCUGCAGAGCGUCAAGGAGCAGAUGGACCAGAUCUCCCAGAGCAACCGCCUCAUCCAGAUCAGCAACACCAACAACGGCAAGCUGCUGGACGAGAUCCAGUUUCUGGUGAAUUAUAUGGACCUGUCGAAGGGACACAUCAGGGCCCUGCAGGAUGGAGACUUGUCCUCCCCCAAAGGCAUCGAGGCCUGUAUCAACGCCUCUGAGGCACUACUGCAGUGCAUGAACGUGGCACUCAGACCAGGUCAUGAGAAACUGAUGGCUGUGAAACAGCAGCAGCACCUGUUCACUGAGCUCAGAGAUACCUUCGCCCGGCGCCUCACCAACCACCUCAACAACGUGUUCGUCCACCAGUUCAACCACUUCAGUCACUUCAAAAUGACCAUCCCUCAGUUCUAUAGGUCCUCCUGUAUGUCGCUUCCAGGCCAUGACCAGAGCUCCACGCUUUCCCAGCACACGGCAGAGCUGACCCUGCCUAAACACAGCCCACUGCACAGGGACCUGCUGAGAUACGCCAAGCUCAUGGAGUGGCUCAAGAACACCCAGAGAGAGAAGUACGACGGCCUGUCUAGGACCUAUGUUGAUUACAUGACCAGAUUAUAUGAACGAGAAAUCAAAGAUUUCUUUGAGGUGGCGAAGAUCAAAAUGGCGGGCACAACCAAGGAGGGGAAGGGAAAUAAAUUUGCCACGCUUCCACGGAAAGAGAGUGCUCUCAAACAGGAAACGGAAAGCCUGCAUGGCAGCUCUGGGAAGCUGACGGGCUCCACCUCCAGUCUGAAUAAGCUGGCAGUGCAGGGCUCCAACAGCAGGCGCUCCCAGUCCUCCUCUCUGCUGGACAUGGGCAACAUGUCUGCCUCAGACCUGGAUGUGGCCGACAGGACAAAGUUUGACAAGAUCUUUGAGCAGGUUCUUAGUGAGCUGGAGCCUCUCUGUCUAGCAGAACAAGACUUCAUCAGCAAGUUCUUCAAGCUACAGCAGCACCCCACCCUGGCUCAGGGAGAAAUGGAGGAGUCGGAUGGAGGGGUGUCCUCCAGACAGCCCCCUCCAGGGGAACACAGACACUCCAUGUCAUUGACUGAGAAGGACAUGGUGCGAUUGAUGAUGAACAAGAUCUUCCAGAGCAUUGAGACGGAACUCAACAGCCUCAUCGCCCUGGGAGACAAGAUUGACAGCUUCCACUCCCUGUACAUGCUGGUGAAGAUGAGUCACCACGUGUGGACGGCCCAGAACGUGGACCCCGCUUCCUACCUCAGCACCACCCUCGGCAAUGUGCUGGUCACCGUCAAGAGAAACUUUGACAAGUGCAUUUCUGGUCAGAUCAGACAGAUGGAGGAGGUGAAGAUCUCUAAGAAGAGCAAGGUGGGCAUCCUGCCCUUUGUCACUGGGUUCGAGGAGUUUGCUGAGCUGGCUGAAACCAUCUUCCGUAAUGCAGAGCGCAGAGGGGAUCUGGACAAAGCAUAUGUCAAGCUUAUCAGAGCCGUCUUUAUGAAUGUGGAGAAAGUGGCCAAUGAGAGUCAGAAGACGCCCCGGGACGUGGUGAUGAUGGAGAACUUCCACCACAUCUUCUCCACACAGUCCCGCCUGAAGAUCUCAUGCCUUGAGACAGAGAGGCGAGAGGCCAAACACAAGUACACAGACCACCUGCAGUCCUACGUCAUCAACUCCCUGGGCCAGCCCCUGGAGAAACUCAAUCACUUCUUUGAGGGAGUGGAGGCGCGUGUGGCCCAGGGGGUGCGUGAGGAGGAGGUCAGCUACCAGCUGGCUUUCAAUAAACAGGAGCUGCGUAAAGUUAUCAAGGAGUACCCUGGCAAGGAGGUGAAGAAGGGCCUGGACAACCUGUACAAGAAGGUGGAUAAGCACUUGUGUGAGGAGGAGAGCCUGUUACAGGUGGUGUGGCACUCCAUGCAGGAUGAGUUCAUCCGUCAGUACAAACACUUUGAAGGCUUGAUUGGCCGUUGCUACCCUGGGUCUGGAAUCACCAUGGAGUUUACCAUUGGAGACAUGUUGGAGUACUUCUCAAGCAUUGCCCAGUCCCAUUAAUUACAAACAUACACAUUAUAACUUUACACAUGCUCUCUAUUGCUUCAUAGUGCCUCACACAGAAGAAACACUAUUUACUGAAACCAAUCCGUCAUUGCUGUGUGGCCAAUACGAAGUAGAUUUACUGAAAUUGAUUAAACUGCAGUUGAAAUUGUCUGCAGUUAAUUCUGGAAGGGAAUUAACAGUUGUAAAAAGUGUGUGGGCACAUAGCCUAGCGGUUAAGAGCUCUGGGCCAGUAACCGAAAGGCUGAGCCGAUUAGGUGAAAAUCUGUCAUUGUGCCCU